GUCCUUCUAGUUUUUCUGUGUUAUUGCUUUAUUAUUGUAUUGUCCCACCCUCCUUGUCUAUUUUGUCUGCUACUGCUUUUGCUUCACCCGCCUCUCUCCAUCACCUUACUACAACCUCCCUCCAGCCUCUUUUCUUCCACUGAAGCUCUUCUAAUCUCUGACUAGCUCUACACUUCAGCGCAAUGGGAAAGACAGAGCUGUACUCUUUCUAUAAGGGUUUUCUGGACUGUAUUUGCCUCUGCCUCUCUCGGAGCAGCACUGAAACUGCAAGCGAUAAAGAGAGAGACACUGAGAAUGGCCACCUGAUCUACAAAAGUGGGGAUGUCCUGGAAGACAGAUAUGAGAUAGUCAACACUUUAGGUGAGGGUACUUUCGGGAAGGUGGUACAAUGUUUGGACCACAGCAGAGGAGGAAGUCGAAUCGCUCUGAAGAUCAUUAAGAACUUGGACAAAUACAGGGAAGCAGCCAAACUGGAAAUCAAUGUGCUGGAGAAGAUCAGAGAGAGAGAUCCUGACAACAAGCAUCGCUGUGUGCAGAUGCUGGACUGGUUUAACUACUACGGCCACAUUUGCAUCUCUUUUGAGCUGUUGUCUCUCAGCACCUUUGACUUCAUGAAAGCAAACAACUUCCUGCCUUAUCCCAUUAACCAAAUCCGACACAUGGCCCACCAGAUCUGCCACGCUGUCAGCUUUCUUCAUGACAACAAGCUGACUCACACCGACUUGAAGCCUGAGAACAUCCUCUUUGUCAACUCGGACUACUCCCUCAUAUACAACGCUGAGAAGAAGUGCAAUGAGAGGAGAGUAAAUGACACCACAGUGAGGCUCGUUGACUUUGGCAGUGCUACCUUUGACCAUGAACACCACUCUGCCGUCAUUUCCACGCGUCACUACCGAGCUCCAGAGGUCAUACUGGAGUUGGGUUGGAGCCACCCUUGUGAUGUGUGGAGUAUCGGCUGCAUCCUGUUUGAAUACUACGAAGGCUUCACACUGUACCAGACUCAUGACAAUAAGGAGCAUCUUGCUAUGAUGGAGAGAAUACAGGGACCAGUUCCUCAGAGAAUGAUUCAAAGGAGCAGAAAGAAUAAAUAUUUCCACCGUGGUCAUCUUGACUGGAAUGAGUGCUCCAAGGCCGGACGUUAUGUGAAAGCCAAGUGCAAACCAUUAAGGACGUACUUAUUAUCACACGGGACUGAGCACCACCAGUUUUUUAAUCUGUUGGAGAGGAUGCUGGAGUACGAGCCCUCAACACGCAUCUCUCUUUCCUCUGCUCUGUGUCACCCUUUCUUCCUGCCCCUCUAUCAUCCAGGAAGGAGUCAAGUUUGGAGGAACAGCUGUGAUAUGAGCAGAUGACCCUGAAUAGCCACUUACUUACAUUACACAUGAGAACUGUGCCAAUAUGCUUGCAAGUUUUAGUUUCUCAACUACAAAUCAUGUAUACUUUAUAUUACAUCAUUAAAAAAUAAUUUAGUGCACACAGAAGGACAAGUAGAAGAAAGUGUUAAAGAUGUAAGGAGUAAAUUAGUAAAUUAUUGGUUAAUCAUGCCAUGAGUCUUACAGGAAUAUUCACCCGAUAGAGACACUGGUGCUGGUAAAAGAGUGAGAAACAAUAGCUGAAGAUUUGGAUGGAUGUGGUAUGGAGUGGGAUUCCUUAUGAACUCAGUGGAAAGAGCGAUUGGACAUGAGGAUCUGAUAAAACUGAAGGUGACUGGGGUUGAGGUGGGUCGUGUCAAUCAGACACUGAAAUUAAAGCUGAAAACACCAGAGAAAGUAAGAGAUGAUGGGGUGGUGAUGGCCCAGUGGAUAAGACCAUGCCUUUGGUGUGACCCGGG